AUGGGAAAGUCGUCUUCGCAAGAGGGAUCGUCCGCUUACAGUGAAUAUUUAAGCAGGGCGGAAGAUAUCGCGGAUCAAAUCCUUCGUAAUGGCAAACACGUGUUGCCUCAUCUGGCGAGGUUCUGUCUCAUCUCCACGUUCUUCGAGGACGGCUUUCGAAUGUGGUUCCAGUGGGAUGAGCAGCGCGAUUACAUGGACCAAACGUGGCACUGUGGCUAUGUGAUCGGCACCAUUUUUGUGCUGUUCAAUUUAGUCGCUCAGCUUGGUGGUUGUGUUAUGGUAUUAUCGCGGCAAAAAGUUGAAAUUGCUGUGGGAAUUUUGUCUUCUGUAAUUGUAGUUCAAGUGAGUUUAAACUUUCGAUUUACUGUUAACCUAACCUUUUGUUUUGUUCUGUUUUUUUUUUCUUUCUCUGUAUUCAGUCAUAUCGCCCAUACCAAGGCUACAAAUAACUUUUUGCUAUUAUAUUUUUUACUUGUUCCAAAUAUCCCUUUUGUUUUAUAAUAAUUUUUUCUUAACUGCAAGUACACAGGUUUUAAUAUUAUGAAAGCUUAUGAUGAAUCAGUUUUACUUGGCGCUCCACUUAAGAUCCAUUCAUUUAAUUUUUAAUGAAUAAUUCAGAUUUAACUUAAGCUAACAUAUGAAAUUAGAAACGCAUAAAACUGAUUUUAGUGGCCUUUCAAUUUUGUCAGUAAUUUUUUUCUUUUGUUUUGCAGACAUUGGCAUACAGUAUCCUAUGGGAUUUUAAGUUCUUGCUCAGGUAAAUUAUUUGUAUACUUUUAUAAUCAACAUAGCUAAUUAUGAGUAGUAAUUAGCAGACAGUUAUAUGUGUACCUUGGUAUCCCUAAUCCACAGGCAUGUCAAGAAUAUUAAUUUUGGAUAAGCAGAUACUGUGUACGCUUAUGUCUGCUUGAUAGAGUUAUUUGUUAAAUACAAGUUCAGUGUAAAGAAAUAUGAGCACAAAAUGUAGGACUUACUGAUGAUGGGAUCUGAUAAAUACGUGUUCUUCAUCUGUUAAACCAUCAUGUUUGUUUUCUGUAUUACCCUGAGCUAGCUGGGUGACAUGGGUCUGACAUGUCUCGCACACCUGUGCGCAGUUUGUAAAUUACACACAGCAUUUAUUUUGGUUGUAAAAAUUGGGAGAAAUAACUUUGUAAGAGCAAUAUCUUGAUAUUAUUUUUCAGAGUUUAAGUCAUCAACCAAGUGCAAUUCCUCUUAAGUCAAAGUCAGUUUUCUCCUAACAAUAUCCAUACAUAAUCUAGAGAAAAUUUUGUGAGAAUUAAAAAAAGAAAUGAUCAUCUGACGGGAAAAGCUUUGAUCAGCAAACAAAUUCUCUCAACAUAUUCUUUAAGGAAAUGUAUGGAGAUCAGUCUGGAGAAUUUGUAAGUGGAUAUUGGGGCUUAAAGGGUUAAUCUCUUCUUGCAAUAAUACCUCCCCCCUGCCUCUCCCAAUUCUUACUCUCCCUGGGUUAGGGUAAGGCUUAUCAUUUUACCUUGAGGACAUUUCAGUAACAAGCCAAAUAUGGUAUGGCUUUGUGGUGGGGCAACUAUAAUACUAGUAUACUGCAUUACCUUUAGAAACAUGAUAAAGCCACAGGUUACCUUUAGAAACAUACCAUACCAUAGCCUGCGAAAACAUCCGUUUCUCCUCGCUCUUCGCCGCUGAGGACGUUUCGCGCGGAGGAACAUCUGCGACUCAGCGACAGAAAUUCCAUACUGAUGACGUAAAAUCUGUCCAGAAUCCGGUCAGAAGUGCUGAUUGGUCGACAGAGCAGUUACAUUGUUUUAGCUAUUGUUUACAAAUGACAGACAAAAGACAAAAGGCCAAAAGGUCAAAUGUAAGCACGAAGAAUCUCUAACAAAACAGUCAAUAUUUGUGCAAUAUAGUCUUCUCUAGAAGAAGCAUUUGAGCUUUGCUGGAGCUCGUGGGCAGAGCAACAUAACACUUUACCAAAAUCGACCAGAAGACAUGCAAAAUUAGACAAAUUUAUAUUUGGAACCCCAUGACUACCGUAUUUAUUAUGUAAACAUUGAUUUGGGUCAUCAGUAUGGAAUUUCUGUCACUGAGUCGCAGACGUUCCUCCGCGCGAAACGUUCUCAGCGACGAAGAGCGAGGAGAAACUGAUGUUUUCGCAGGCUAAUACAACUAGUACUGUGAGAAAUUCAUUUCCAAGGUACAGUCGUUCCCCCCCCCGCCCCCCCCCAUAAUGUGGUGGUUGCCACGAUAAUUAUUUUCAAUAUUUUGGAACCAUACAAUCGAAAUGAAUUAUCCGAUGACAAUUCAAAAUGGUAGUGCAUGGGAAGUUUUAAAACAGUAAAUUAUUUUAAAAUUGACUGAAAGAUACCUUGGGUAACAUUCUGUUUGUAGGAAUCUUGCUCUCGCUGGUGGCUUGUUACUUCUACUAGCUGAAUCGCGUUCUGAACAGAAAAGCUUAUUCGCAGGAGUCCCAACCAUGGGAGGCAACACCCCUAAGACGUACCUUCAGCUGACUGGCCGAGUCCUCUUGGGAUUUAUGUUUGCAACCCUUAUCAAGUUUAGGCUUUCUUUUGUCUACAUUCUUCAAGAUGUAGCAGGUACAAUUUUGAUGGUCCUAGUUGCUGUGGGGUACAAAACGAAGCUUGCUUCAUUGGUGCUUGUUCUGUUGCUCACCAUCAUUAACAUCUUUAUCAAUCCAUGGUGGAUGUACCAUUCACAAUCACCAUUAAGAGAUUUCCUCAAGUAUGACUUCUUUCAGACAACAUCUGUGAUUGGUGGUUUGUUGCUGGUUGUUGCCCUUGGCCCUGGUGGAGUUAGUGUUGAUGACUACAAGAAGAAAUGGUAAUAAAAGGAAAUAUCAAUGUGGACAUGUGGACAUGUUGUGGCAAAAUUACUCAACUUAUUCCCAAGCUUAGCAAGAUAUAAUUUUUUCUUACUAAUCAUUGUAUGUUUUCUCUUAAGUUGUGUUGCAAUAAUUUUGUGAUUAAUUUAUCAGGGUACCACCUAGUCUGUUAAUUGCGUAAUAAUGAAAGUAAAGUCUACAUGCUGUAGGCUUUAAGCUGCCUGGAUUAAAAAGGGGGAAAGUUUGGUUGUACUUGAAGAUCUGAGAGAUGGACUUUUUAGCUAAAAAACUCUUGAACUGAGCAUAUAGCUUCCAUGUUCUUACAGUAUUUAUAACUGGCUUGUUAGAAAUUUUUGUUUCUGGUGGGCCUUGAGCAUUUUGACCAUUAUUGAAACUACAGUGAAGGGAUUAUAGAACUGGUAAAGAACUAGUACUGCAAAGUCGUUCGUCUCAAAGUGUAGUGUCUAUGAAUAAUUAUUACAGUUGUUUUUUUGUUUGUUUGUUUGUUUUUUUUUUUGUUUUCUAACAUGUCAUACUAACAAUAAUGUAAGUACAUGAAGCUCUUUGGAACUGUCGUGAAAACGUAUGAAUUAAACAGUCAGUUUCAAAACAAUCUGUAGUGCUAUGCUAUAGCAGUACUUGGGUGGCUUCUUGUGCCUCUGUUUUGCUCUUGGGCAACGAGGAAAUCUUAGGUUUUUUCCAUAAAGAUCAUAAUAAUUAUUGUGUACUGGGCACCCAGGAUUUCACAGGUUCAGAGCAUUAGGUUCCCUACGUUAUUUAUCUUAGCUGCAGCCUUCAUCUGGUGCUGCAUCAGUGGGAGAUUGGAAAAUGAUUGUGGCAAAUUCAUGCCAAGAGUUCGGAAUGAAAGCUUUUGAAAGCCCUUUCAUAAGUAAAAUUGCAUUAUCAACUACUGGCAGGUUGAAAGAACUUUGUCUUUACUUUCAAAACCACUCAGUUGUGGAGCUACUGGAAUGUUGAAAAAAGACACGGCUUUGUCACCAACUUUCUACUGCCUAAAAUGGAAAUGGCCUUGUUGUUGUUGUUGUUUUUUAUCUUUGAGUGUUGGAGAAAGUACAUGCAGUUUAAAAUUAAAAUAUAACAGCCCAGUCUCAGAAUUUGUGACAUGACGUGUUUUCUUGGUAUUCAAAGGUGUUUCUCAGGUUGUUGUGGUUUUUUUCCAUAACAUAGCCGCCUAACAUUUCACAUCCUAUGUGAAAACUUUUUCCCUGUUGGGUUCCUUAAGGUAUGUUACUGGGUGUAUUAUUUUUGUUUGUGACAACAGCCUUGAAAAAUCAUUUUUCUUACAGAUGGUUGGCACUGUGUCGAUUGAUUGAGUCUUAUUAUGAAUGCCAUUGGAGUAAAUGAAACAUGUAGUAAAUAAAUAGUUUUAUGUGCCAAUUUAUUGUGUGUCGAUGACAAUGCCAGUCUUUCUUAUUGUCACCAUCACAAUCAUCAUCGUCAUCAUCAUCAUCAUAGUUAGUCUUCGUAGUGCCUGCAACCUGACUUUUUAUUUUGUGCUAGCAAUGAACACUGAACCAGAGCUGCUAUCAAGGGUUGGGGGCUGGGCUGGGGGUUUCCCUUGUCUUUUAUGAGCAUGUUCCCUGGCUACUUUCAUAGGAAACAAUAGGAAAAUAAGACCAAAAGAAAGUCCUAGCUGUUCAAUUCCCCACUUGCUUAUUGCAUAUCCAGCAACGUGAAAUCUUAGCAACAGCCCUGCUAAACACUCUUCCUCAAGAGACUGCUUUACAGUGUGCAAGAAAGUUUUCUUAACACUAACCAUAAAAGCUAACACAUCUUGCUUUUAGUGCAGACAAGGUGUUAGGGUGGAAGACCGUGAGAUCUUUAUCAAUAAGCAUAUUUUCAUUUUAGAAUAAUGCCCAGUUUAUUGAAAGUCGUAUCUUAUACCUGUAAUCGUUAUAUAUUUAGACAGUUCCCUUGGGUUUUUUUAGUGAUAGCAAUCAUUUUCAUUUGUGACUGUUUGUGCAGUCAACUGUCUUGAUGUAUAUGUUGUGGUUUAAUUUUGUCUCUGGUUUAAAUUUUAUUUUCCUUUGUUUUUUGGUAUGGUAAUGUAUGAUAAUUUAAAAAUUUAAAUGUAAACCAAGGAUAAAAUUAAACCACAAGAUGUACAUAGAAAGAACAACAGUAAGUUGGGUACAUUUAUUUUAAAGUCAAUAAAUUCUUCUACCGUUACUUUGUAGAAUUGCUUGAUCUUUGCAGAUGCAGCUUAAUAAUUACUGUUCUGAGAACUCAGAAAUUUGAAAAACAAAUUUAAUAGUUCCGUGGAAAAGUAUGCAUGAAAGAUAUUUCAACUGAAUUGUUCACAGCAUGAAAAGUUAGCAAAAAAUAUGAUUGUCUCUUUAAUUUACCCCAAGGGUGGAACAGCUCAGUCAGAGUUGACUGCUAGUCUUCCUUGCAGCCAUUUUGGUCUUGCUGGGGAGGUGCAUUGCGUGACGAAACUAAAACAGCAGUGAAGGAGACUUUGUUGACUGCAUGUCUUCUUUAAAACUAGAUUUUCUCUUAUUUAGCAAAUUUAUAAAAACUGUGUGGACAUAUGCACCGGUAUCAAAUGUAUUAUCUAAAUUGUUAUGGAAAGAACUGAGUCCAAUUUAAUUUCUUGAUUCAUUACAUGUCACAUUUAUUAUUCAGGCCCCGGUUGUUCAAAAGGUGGAUAGCGCUAUAAAUAGCUAUCAAGGGGAUAAUGCAAUUGCUUCUUACUACUUAUCCGCUGGAUAGCGAUUUAUCUGGUGGAUAGCGCUAUCCACGGGGCCAGAUGGUCAACUGUUGGAAAUAAAGUCUAAUAUAAAGUUUUAUUUUUGCAUUAUGAGUAGUCUAAAGAUGAAAGUAUUGUGUAAAACUAAGAGUAAUGUUCUAGUGAUGCUAU